UUGUCAGUUCAAGUGGACGAAAUAAUGAUCAGAUCGAGGAUCAGGUUCUAACCACAUCUCCAAAAAUUCAAAAACGUGUUAGUAAAUAUGGUAUAUUAAAAGAAGUCAAUAUUACAAGACAGAAGUUUUUAACUCCCAAAGCCAAACAUUUUUAUAAAAAAAUUGUUGAAAAAAGCAAUAAGCUUGCCAAAUUAAGCCACAAAAUCAAAUCAUAUGAAGCUCGCAUUCAAGCUGCUGAAAAUUUAGCCAAUUCCCAUAAAUUUGAAAAGUUAAUAGAGCAUGUCAACCCAUUGACAUAUAAUUUUAUUAUGUCUCAAAUUCGAGUUCAGAAACAGAAGCCCAAAGCCAGAAGGUAUACUCUCUCAGAAAAAGUUUUAGCUUUAACAAUUCUUAAGGCAAGUGGUAGAGGCUACAGAUUGUUAUCCAAAAUUUUUACUCUACCUUCCAAAAAAACUUUGACAGAGUUGUUAAGACAGAUACCUUUCCCAUGUGGCAUAAACAAGGCACUAUUCGAAAGUCUGCGGGAGUCUGUAAAUAAAAUGCCACCCCAGGAUCGUAUGGCAAUCUUAGUUUUUGACGAGAUGGCCAUUGACAGUUUGGUUCAAUAUAAUAUAGGUGAAAAUCAAAUUGAGGGGAUACAUGAUUUGGGGAAUGAACACCGGAAACCUGAAAUUGCAGACUAUGCAAAUGUCUUCAUGCUAAAAGGCGUUUUUAAACAAUGGAAGCAACCUAUAUGUUACACUUUCAGUGCAGGCCCAACAAGGAGCAUUGCAAUAAAGCAACUUAUUGUUGAAAUGAUAAAGGAAUGUCAACAAAUUAAUUUGGAAAUUGUAGCCACAGUUUGUGACCAGGGCAGCGGUAAUUCAGCAGCAAUUAAUAUGUUGCUUGAAGAAACAAAGAAAAUGUUUCUUAAAAAACAGGAAGAAAAUCAGAAUAUUGGAUUUAUAGUAAAUAAUCAAGAAGUAAUUCCAUUGUUUGAUACUCCCCACCUUAUGAAGGGAUUGAGAAAUAAUUUAUUGACUAAGGACCUUAAUUUUGAAAUGAACAAUAAAAAGUGUGUUGCAAAGUGGAGGCAUUAUGAACAAUUAUACUUAAUAGAUUCGGAAAAUCCCAAUGAAAAAGUUUUUCCAAAAUUAACGGACCAGCACAUUAUGCCGAAUAAAAUUAAUAAAAUGAAGGUGAAGUGUUGCACGCAGCUUUUUAGCCACCAAGUAGGGGCUAAAAUUUGGUUGGAAAGUUGCAAUAGGAUGGAUUUAUUGCCGAAGAUUGCAGAUCUAUAUAAAAAUUAUAAGAUAUGCGAGCAGCAUUUUGAAAAAAAAUAUAUCAACCAAGGCAAUGAAAGAAAAUGUUUGUUGAACAAUGCGGUCCCUACACUAUUUCCGACUCUUAAAAGAAAAGUUGUGGAAGAAGAGGAUAAUAUUCCUCCUUUCAAGCCUCCUUCCAAUUUGACCUUACCUCAGAUGACCUUACAGCAACCUUUAUUGGAGCCUUCUUUUGAUGUGGCCACUGAUAUAAAUAUGGCUUCUUCGUCUUUGAUUGCACCUAUGAUGAUGACCUCGCAGCCUUCCUUAAAGCCUUCUUGUGUGACUAGUGAUCCAAAUACCUCAAAGGACCGUUUUAAAAAUUCCCCUCCUUCUGAGGAAAAAACGCUGAAAAACCUAAUUUCGCCUACCAGCUGCACCCAAACAGAGGAAGCGUUAAGCAGAAACACUCCCCGGAAAAAGAAGCUAAGACUUAAAAUCAACCAUAUACGGAGGAAGAAUAGAAAACUUAGUUUUAAAAAAGAAGCAUCAACAACCAAAAACUGGAGCCUUGAAGACUUUAAUAAUAUGUGCGAUCAUUUUCUUAGCAGGACCGUGUCUCAAAUUGUCAAAACACAUGCUGCUUUGAAGGAUAAGAAACCAUUGGCAAGAAGGUACACUCCAGAAUUAAAAGAAUUUGCGUUAAGGUUGUAUUUUUUGAGUCCUUCAGGAUACAGAUUUCUGAGCAAAAUUUUUACUCUACCAACAAAAAGGUCUUUACAAAAAAUGACUAAAACAAUAUCUUGCAAUCCUGGCCUAAAUAAUGAUUCAAUUUAUAAAUCUUUGAAAAUUAAAGUAAACACAAUGCUACAACAAGACCGACAUUGUAUAAUAUGCAUAGACGAGAUGUCAAUUAAAUCCCAGCUUUGUUUUGACACAGGAUAUGACAAAAUUAUUGGAUUUGAAGAUCUAGGAUUUGAAGGAACGGAAGGUGUUAUAUGCGAAAACGUCUUGGUAAUUAUGGCUCGAAGUAGUUCGUCAAGUGAAAAGGUGGGUAAAUUAGUCAUACACCAAAAAACAUAA